GCCGUUCCGCCUGCCGUGACUUAUUCGCGUUUCUGCAGCGGACGCGGCAAGUUCUCCUCGCAAUUGGCGUUCUUCUUUUGCCGCUUGUUUGUUGGCCAUCAUAACGAGCAAAGUUUUCCACGGCGCACUUUAAUUUUCCGGCCAUUAGUGGCAUGUCCACCGACGAGGACUCCCUGGGCAGUCCCCUCAAGCCGGCCACGCCCACGCCGGGCGAACGGGAGCGUCCCAGGGGCGGACGCUCAGGAGCGGCAGAUCUGCUGCGGCAUCAGCAAAGUUUCGAGGCCCGCUACAGCAGCAUCAUCCAGAAGCAAAUCUGGGAGACGAGCAUCAACAAGGACGUGCUGGAAAGGCAGCUGAACGCCUACUUUCCCUUCUCGCGCAGCGCCUCGCUCUCCAAAGAUGGAUCCGGCGGAUUCGAUCAGCUCCUGCCGCCGGCCACGGGCGGAGGUGGUCUGAAGGCCCGCUCCCUGGCCACCACACCCACCAGGAGGCCGGGCCCAUGUCUGGAGAAGCUGGAGACUGUGGAUGUGGCCUGUCUCGAGUCGCAAGCCCAGGAAAAGUAGCUCGGAAAUCCAAAGGAUUUCGCUUACUCAUUCAUUGUGAUGUCCGUAAGGUUGAAAGACAAUUUUUGAUAUUCUUUGACUAAGUUAGGAUAGGUAAGAUAUCUAGUCCCCGGAUUCGUAUUGAAAAAUAUACAAAGAGAAUUUAUCAUAAAUUUAAAAAAAAUGCUCGUAACAAGACAAUUUGCAAAGCAUUUUAUUUUAUGUUAAAUAUGUCAUUCUAUUAUUGAGCAGAAAUGUCUUUAGGUACCCGCCUCAAAUGUUUACAGAGCAUAAAAUAUUUCUUUAUCGCAUUUAUAUUGUAGCGAUGAGUUUUCUAAAACAUACAUUAAUAAUUAACAUAUAUUUUUUGAUUACCAAAAUGAUUAAAAGAUUUGUUUGGUUAAUUUAAUUUAUAGAAAAAAGGAUAUGUUUCAAUGAAGAAAACAAAGAUAAAAUCCGGGGUCUACUAAAAAAAAGGGUCCUCAAUCUAGCUUUUAUAAGUAUUACUAACAUUUAAGUCCAGCAAUUUCCCUAAAAUCUACUAUUUGUUUGGCACCCCAAAGAUUUGUUCACAGCACCAAAACCAUCUAUUUGCAUAGUUCAACCAAUGUCAAUGUAAAAUACUCGUUUUAUUGGCCAAGGAUAUGACCGUAUCCCUGGAUCAAAGCGAACCCUAUUUAAGCUACUAUUAUUCAAUCUUCCUCAAUAAAACAAAGGCUUAUUGCAUA